UAAACAGCGUGCAAUAUAGGCUAUAGAUGACAAAUAGUGUAGGCAAGUGGGGAAAGUGCGCGCACAGGGAAUACGAGAAAUCGCAUUUAAUAGCAGUUUAUCAGACAGUGUUAAUGCAUGUGGUUUUAUGCUCGUCCGCUGAGAAUACAAAUAAAAAGCGUCUGUUAAGUCAAAAGCCAGCCACAAGCUCCAUGCGUUUUUAAAUUGCAUUGUAAUUAGGCGAUUCGUGCUUUAAAAAGCUGUCGGAAUGGAUCCGUUGUUAUAUUUGGGUGGGUUAGUUGUCUUGUUUUUGGUAUGGAUUAAGGUGAAGGGCUUGGAGUACGUGAUAGUACACCAGAGAUGGAUCUUCGUUUGCCUCUUUCUGCUCCCCUUAUCCGUCAUCUUUGAUGUGUACUAUUACCUGCGCGCGUGGAUCAUCUUCAAGAUGUGCUCAGCGCCCAAGCAGCACGACCAGCGAGUCAGAGAUAUUCAGAGACAGGUGCGAGAAUGGAAAAAAGAGGGAGGGAAGAAACAUAUGUGCACAGGUCGUCCAGGAUGGCUGACUGUAUCUCUCAGGGUGGGAAAAUACAAGAAGACGCACAAGAACAUCAUGAUUAACAUGAUGGACAUUCUGGAGGUGGACACAGAACGGCAGGUGGUACGUGUGGAACCCUUAGCUAACAUGGGUCAGGUGACUGCUCUGCUCAACUCUAUUGGCUGGACCCUGCCUGUGCUGCCUGAACUCGACGACCUCACAGUUGGUGGGCUGGUCAUGGGAACAGGCAUUGAGUCUUCAUCUCACAUCUAUGGCCUGUUUCAGCACAUCUGUGUGGCUUUUGAGCUGGUGUUGGCUGAUGGUAGUCUGGUCCGCUGCACUGAGAAAGAAAACUCUGACCUCUUCUAUGCCGUUCCCUGGUCCUGCGGUACUCUGGGGUUCCUGGUUGCGGCAGAGAUCCGAAUAAUCCCAGCUCGCAAAUGGGUAAAGCUUUGCUACGAACCUGUACGUGGCCUAGAUGCUAUCUGCAAGAAGUUUGCAGAGGAAUCAGCCAAUAAGGAGAACCAGUUUGUGGAGGGACUGCAGUACUCUCGGGACGAGGCUGUGAUUAUGACGGGCACCAUGACAGAUCAUGCAGAGCCUGACAAGACUAACUGUAUAGGUUACUAUUUCAAGCCGUGGUUCUUUCGACAUGUGGAGGGUUUCCUGAAGCAGAACCGUGUUGCAGUGGAGUACAUUCCUCUCCGGCACUAUUACCACAGACACACCCGCAGCAUCUUCUGGGAAUUACAAGACAUCAUUCCAUUUGGGAAUAAUCCAUUGUUCAGGUAUGUGUUUGGCUGGAUGGUUCCUCCAAAGAUCUCUCUACUGAAGCUGACUCAGGGAGAGACCAUCCGCAAACUAUACGAGCAGCACCACGUGGUGCAGGACAUGCUGGUCCCUAUGAAGCACAUCAAGAGUGCCAUCCUACGCUUCCACGAGGACAUACAUGUGUAUCCUCUGUGGCUUUGUCCCUUCGUGCUGCCCAACCAGCCAGGAAUGGUGCAUCCGAAAGGAGAUGAAGAUGAACUGUAUGUUGAUAUCGGAGCGUACGGGGAGCCCAAAGUCAAACACUUUGAGGCCAGAUCCUCCACACGGCAGCUGGAGAAGUUUGUCAGAGACGUACAUGGAUUCCAGAUGCUGUAUGCUGAUGUAUAUAUGGAACGACAAGAAUUCUGGGAAAUGUUCGAUGGCACAUUGUAUCAUAAACUCAGAAAGCAACUCAACUGUGAAGAUGCAUUUCCAGAAGUCUAUGACAAAAUCUGCAAGAACGCGAGACACUGAAUCCAAACAAACAGUAGAACAGCUGAAAAAAAAAACAUACUUCCCUUUUGUUGAAGUAAAUGAACACAUUGGGCAAAUAUUCAUAUUUCAUGAAGGAGCACCAGCUAAACUUUCAACCCCCUUGUCAUAUAUCUAUGUUUAAGACAAAAGGCCCUUAUUAUUCCUAAGGUUUAAUACAUGCUUAGAUUCAUUAAAACACAAUAUAUAAUACUUAACAGACAGUUUGUGUACAUUCAAAUGUGAAUAAAUAAACUAUAAAUGAAACUAUUUUAGAGUACUUUGCAUAAUAAUCUGUUAAGCAUUAUAUAUAAUUGAUUUAAUUUUUUAAUAAAAGAGUCACCAAUGAUUAUUUAAAAAAAACAACAAUAUUUGGCGAGAUAUUCUCUAUUUUCCUACAUUGUGAAUGUUGCCUCCCUCAACAGUCAUUUAUUUUUGAGGUGUAUUCAAAGGGAUAUUUUAUCUACUAAAAUCAUUAGGGCACUUCUUAAAUAAGCAAGGCACAAUUUGGGAAUGUAUUUGGGAAUCUUUAGACCCAUAAAGUACCAAGUUUUAUUAGAAAGCCCAGUAUUUGUGAUAAUUAUGGAUUUACUUUUGUCAUUAGUACAGUUACUGUUAUUGUUGGUUACAUAGAUUAGGUUAUUUUAGGUCUAUGAACAAAACAAUAACUAUACUGUAUUUGUGGCCUUCAGAAUGUGUUUUUGCCCUUUUAUACUGUGUUCACAAUAUAUUUGUAUUUUCACUGUACUGAAAGUGUAUGGAUGUCUUACAAUUAGCAGUCUCAACAUACCCAUUAAAAUUAAUAAUUUAACUCUA